UAGCAAGUUGGCCUUUUCGGUGCAGAUAUUAUUAUUAGCAUACAACCCAAAUACAGAAAUGGAAGGCCUAAACCGACACUUCCUCCCGCUCCUUCUCUUGACUCUCUCCGUCGCUGCUUCCGCCAUGGCCGCCCCUCCCGCAGUCAAAGGCGCCUACUGGCCAUCGUGGGCUUCUGAUCCGCCGUCCACCAUCGACACCUCCCUCUUCACUCACGUUUACUACGCUUCUAUCAAACCCGACGCCGCUUCGUUCGAGCUCAGCGUGUCCAGCGAAACUGCCGCAGCUCUGUCAAACUUCUCCUCAGCCCUUCGCCGGAAAAACCCGCCAGUGAAAACCCUCGUCUCCAUCAGCGGCGGAAGGAGCGACCCGGCGGUCUUCGCCACCAUAGCUUCAACCGCAACGAACCGACGUCGUUUCAUCCAGUCAACCAUAGUCGUUGCGCGAAAAGUUGAAAUUGAUGGGCUGGACCUGGACUGGGAGUCCCCAAGAAACCCGAAAGAGAUGGAGGACUUGGGGCUCUUGCUAAAUGACUGGAGACUUGGGCUCGAGAAGGAGGCCCAAGAGACGGCCCGACCCCGUCUCCUCCUCACCGCCGCCGUGUACUUCGCCGCCGACUUCUUUCUCUCCGAUGUGUACCGAAAGUUUCCCGUAGCCUCGCUCGGCAAAAACCUAGACAUGAUCAACGUGAUGUGCUACGACUAUCAUGGGUCGUGGGACAACUCCUCCACUGGGGCCCAUGCCGCAUUGUUCGACCCGAAUAGCAACAUAAGCACAAGCUAUGGGCUCAAGUCGUGGAUCCAAGCCGGUGCACCUCGAGAGAAGUUGGUCAUGGGCCUACCGCUCUACGGGCGAACUUGGGAGCUCCAGAACCCGAAACUAAACGGGAUCGGAGCUCCUGCCGUGGGCUUAGGACCAGGGGAGGACGGGGUGCUAAUUUUCUCUCAAAUAGAAGCUUUCAAUUUGAAGAACAAUGCCACCAUAGUAUAUGACGCCGAGACUGUGUCCACAUAUUCGUAUUCGGGAACCUCGUGGGUCGGAUAUGACGACACCCGAUCCACCACGGUUAAGGUAACGUAUGCGAAGGGCCUCCAACUUCAAGGGUAUUACUUUUGGGCGCUCAGUUACGACAGUGAGUGGAAGAUCUCAACAGCAGCUUCCAAGGCAUGGCAUCUUUGAGAAAGAAGAAAAAAGCUUCCAGCACACUUGGCUAGAGUUCGACCACACGCAUUUUCUUUUAUCUUUUCGACUUCAGAUACUUCUGUGUUGUCACUUUCUUUCUUACCGAUCAAUGAUAUAUAUAUAUAUAUAUAUAGAUAUAUAUAUAUAUAGAUAAAGGAAUACAUUUUUUAUGUUUAAUUAUUGAGGAAAGUGGGAAAGAAAGAGACCACACCUAAUAAAAUCUAACGACACACAUUGAGUUCUCUGCA